CAGCAUCAUGAUAUUCAUUUUUCCCUCUCGAAUUCUCAAACUUGAGUUCCAUUUUACAAAAACGGGGCGGGUCCCGACGACGCUCACCAGGUCGGGUGCAACACAACUUGGACACUAGUCGGCCGAUCGUCUCGUCGAGCCCCGCACACCGAUACGACGCUGCGCUACCGUACCGAGGCUUAGUACUUGCAUACAUCCUGAUGCCUCGCUACAUACCUCUAGACGACGCUAAGCACUGGACAAACGACGCUCCGUUCCGGUCGAUGGUCUCACGUCCAGCGAGUAUAGCAACGUGUGACGUAGAGGAAUCAACGUGCUUUGGCUACAAUAUUACCAGGAACGAAAAGGAUGGACGAAAGCCGGACGUUCAAAAAUAACAUGGCCCGCUCAGCCAUGGAAGCAGCCGAAGCAACGUUGGCGCCUGAAACAUCCCCUGCAGAAUCCACCUCGGCAGCCCCAGAACGCCAGAGACAGCCAUCCAUCAUGUCUUUGGCGUCAUGGUGGUGAAACUCAGAGAACACAGGAGCCGACCGUCCAUGCCAGUGAGCCAACGGCGGGCCAAGCAGCCCAAUCGUCGCCAUCGAGACCGCACCCACCAGUAGCACAUCUUAUACUACGAAGCCAUCACGUCUUUUGACCGAUCUGGAAUUUCGGACGAAGAUGUCAACAUCGAUUCCAUCAUCCACACAUCGACCGUUGAAAGAGCCCCGCAGCAUGCAGGCCGCCAGGCCCCCGCCGCCGACCCUUGAUCCCAGUACACUGCAGCGUCACAUCCAAGACACUUCAAACGGUCAACUCCUGGCGACAGACCGGACCCCAGGCCGGCAUUCCCCUUCCCUCGCAACUCUUUCCAACAUUGAACCACACCUCAUGUUCCAACGACAAGCUAAAGUCAAUCUCUUCUUAUCCAACUUCAGCUCCUCCGCCCUCCGUCUCCCAGUUCAAUUGCCUUUUAUGUCGAUCGAUUCGAGAUGGUCUACGGCGGAAAGCCCUCGCGGGGCUGUCGAACAUGUCGCGCUCGCCGUAUCAAGUGCGAUGAAGGUAAACCAACAUGCAAGCAAUGCGCAAAGUCAAAGCGUGAAUGCGCCGGCUAUCGAAAUGAAUUUGAGAUCGUCCACCGCGACCAGACAAAGUCUACCGUCCGCCGAAUGACUAAAGCUCUCAACAAGUCUCGCUCUACUACCACCUCGACCCUGCCGAGCCCCCGUCCGUCUCCCACGCGACAACAAACGCCCGAUCCCAUCGCGACGCUCACAGUCCCCCUCGCUCAACGCGCAAUCUGCUAUUUUGCCUCCAACUUCCUAUACGUGCCGCUGGGCCACAUGCCACAUGGUCAUAUGGACUACCUCGUGCCCUUGAUCGACUGCGCACCCCCCGAUAGCGCCCUCCGAAGCGCCUUCAAUGCUUGUGCUAUAGCCGCCCUCGGAAAUAGAGAAAAAGCAAACAAUGUCAACCUCACCAAUCUUUCUCUCCGAGAACACACUGUGGCCCUGGCAAAGACGCAUGCUGCCCUGGGGAAUCCCGCCACUGCCAGUUCCGAUGCAACGCUCGCUACAGUGCUUCUACUGGGUUUAUACGAGAGCAUCACGGCGAUCAAGGAGUCGCGCAUGCUGGCAUGGCGUUCGCACGUUGACGGAGCAAUUCAGAUUGUCAAGCUGCGAGGUCGAGAACAAAUGCGCAGCACCAAAACCGGAACGCUCUUGUUCCAAGCAGUGAGGCAUCAAGUGCUCGGCCGCGCACUAACAUCGGGUACGCCCCCGCCACUAGGGUCCGAUUGGUGGAUGGACGACAUAGGUGAUGGGAGCCAUCUCUUGCCUGGUGCCGCCAUGCACCGCUUCGCCCUUCGAGCCAGUGAACUGCGAGCCGAGGCAGCUGCUCUGUUGAAUGGCAUCACGCGGACCGUCGAGAAUAUCGCACUGAUGCAAAACAUGGCCCAUCGAGUGUAUUUGCUAGACCAAGAGAUAGCCUCCUGUCUUCUUGCUCUGCCGCCAAACCUACGCUUCAAGACGCUAUGCUGGCUAUCCUACGAGGAGGUAGGUUUAUCACCAGGGCGACCGAACAACUACUCCAAACUCGAAGUAUUCCCCGGCCGUGUGGACAUGUACCCCGACUUUGUAACCGCCCGUACAUGGAACACUGCGCGCACCAUACGCCUUGUGCUAGCCUCCCUCGGCAUCCGCCUAGCAGCAUGGCUCAACAUGCCCGCCGACUAUCGCACAACUGCCGAGUAUGCCAGGUCGAAAGCCAUCUGUGAAGACACCAUUGCCGACGUCAUUGCCUCGGUUCCAUACCAUCUCGGAUGGCACACCAAGCAACCGGGUCUGUUCGGUAACGAUACUGACCGCUCUGGCUUCGUUUGUGGUCACGAGGAUGCGAUCAAGGCCCUUCCAGCUUGGUUCCUGGUCUGGGCCCUGACGUGUGUAAAAAACCAUGAUAUGGCGACUGACGAGCAGCGCAUUUGGGUGAAGGGCCGGCUUCGGUACAUUGCCGACCAUGUCGGUAUGAAGUAUGCCAACCUCGUUAACGACCUUGAACUUCGUUUCCCAUCAAUGUUCAUCCGCCAGGACGGCACCAUGCCUUCGGCUGAUCCACUGAGGGCCGGGACGUUCAAAGGCCGCCCAGACCCCGUAAGCGCAAAGCGCACCGCCGUCACUACUCCUCGGACUCCUGAAAGCAUGGUUUCUGGAGGAAGGCGUCCGUCACCUUGAUAGGAUGACGUUUAGGUUCAUUUCUCGAUCCCUCUACCAUAACACCGGAUCAGGAACCACAUGGACCGGCCGGAAGAUAUUUCCGGCGCGGUGAACGGUAGAGGCAUGCAACUACUUUGCUGCAAAAUGUCGUUGCUUCAAUUGAUGAGGAAACGAGGACCUCCGGUUGAACAACGCCUUAUGGCCACCAAAACUAGGCAUAGAAACCAUGAGCGUCUGCCGGUAGUUUCGGUGCUACCACGACCGACAACGCGGCUCACUGUCGAAAUCGACUUGCAUAUACCCUACAUCCAGCGUCGUUGACGCGGCAUUGAAAGCCAGGGUGGAAAGCGACUUUUGCUUUUUUUUUUUUUUUUUUUUUUUUUUUCGGCAACGACUGGUGUAGAAGACAGAAGGAUCUCUAGCAAGCAUUCGGAAGACGGACCGGUUUUACCUUCGAGUCGACAUGCCGAUCGCUUCCAGCCGCCGGGCAGUUCAAUGUUCCGCACGUACAGUAGAUCUGAUGAGCUUGCAAUCCAAAGAAUGACUUUUUAACCCUUCAGCA